AUGCAACUUCAAAUGCUAAUAGAUGAACGUAAAAAAAAUAAUGCAGACUUUCAUGAAAUGUCUACAAGUCAAAAAACAUUAUUUUGGGACAGUGUUGCAACAAAAAUUAAUUUCGAAUAUGGUACAUUUUUUAGAGAACAAAAUUGCAAAGAGAAAUUUAAAUUGUUAGUCAAAGAGUAUAAGAAUAUGGCUGCAAAUUCAAGUGAAAAUGAAUCGCCUUCAUAUGUAACAAAUAAUGAAGUUUAUCAAACUUCUUCUGCUCCAACCUAUCACGAUAGUAAUAGUAAUAAUGAUGAAACUAGUAAUAGUACAUUAGCAAAUAGUGAAGAAAAUUAG